AUGCCAGCAGCAAUUCCAGGACCACGAACGCUCUACGACAAGAUCUGGGACGACCACGUUGUCGAUGCCCAGCCAGACGGAACCACUCUCAUUUAUAUCGACAGGCAUUUGGUUCAUGAAGUGACUUCCCCGCAAGCCUUCGAAGGCCUCCGAAAUGCAAAUCGUCCAGUCAGACGUCCGGAUUGCACAUUGGCUACCGUCGACCACAAUGUCCCGACUACAUCCCGCAAAAACUUUCAAUCCGUCAAGACCUUCAUUGAGGAACCAGACUCACGCGAGCAAUGCAUGGCUCUCGAGGACAAUGUGAAAGAGUUUGGUCUCACAUAUUUCGGCAUGACCGACCGACGACAAGGCAUCGUCCAUAUCAUUGGCCCGGAGCAAGGCUUCACGCUUCCCGGCACUACGUGCGUGUGUGGUGACUCGCAUACGUCGACCCACGGCGCGUUUGGUGCGAUUGCCUUUGGCAUUGGUACAUCCGAGGUCGAGCAUGUGCUUGCAACACAGACUAUCCUCCAGAAAAAAUCGAAGAACAUGCGCAUCACAGUCGACGGCCAACUUCACGAAGGCGUCACCUCGAAGGAUGUCAUUCUACACAUUAUUGGUGUGAUCGGCACAGCUGGUGGUACUGGAUCCGUCAUCGAGUAUGCCGGUUCCGUUUUCCGUGGGUUCAGCAUGGAGGCGCGCAUGAGCGUUUGUAACAUGAGCAUCGAAGCCGGUGCUCGUGCUGGUAUGGUCGCCCCCGACGAAACCACCUUCAACUAUCUCAAAGGAAGGCCGUUGGCUCCGAAAGGCGAAGAAUGGGAUCGCGCGGUCGCAUACUGGAGGACGUUGAAGACAGACGAAGGUGCCAAGUUUGACCGCGAGGUGGUCAUUCGUGCAGAAGAUAUCGUGCCCACCGUCACCUGGGGUACUUCUCCACAAGAUGUCGUACCGAUCGGUGGCAAGGUUCCCGACCCGGCUGACUUUACGGAUCCGAUCAAACGCGCCGGUGUUGAGCGAGCUUUGGCCUACAUGGGAUUGGAACCAGGAACGCCAAUGGAGACUAUACCCGUUGAUAAAGUCUUCCUCGGAUCCUGUACCAACGGCCGUAUCGAAGACCUUCGCUCUGCAGCAAAGGUCGUUUUAGCCGCCGGUUCCGAUGCCAAGGUCGCCCCCAACGUGCAUGCCAUGAUUGUCCCAGGAUCAGGACUCGUCAAGCAGCAAGCUGAAGCAGAGGGCCUCCACGCCAUUUUUGUCAAGGCCGGCUUUGAGUGGCGCGAAGCUGGAUGCUCAAUGUGCUUGGGUAUGAACCCAGAUCAGCUCCAGCCCGGUCAACGAUGCGCGAGCACAUCAAACCGAAACUUUGAGGGCCGUCAAGGCGCUGGUGGACGGACACAUCUCGUCAGCCCCGCAAUGGCGGCUGCGGCUGCCCUCACGGGCAAGCUUACCGAUGUCCGAAAACUCAUGAGCAAGGACGAUGGUACCACCACUCGUGGUGCCGGCGCUUCUGCUCCAUUCUUGACGGACGAAGUCCUCCCUCCUCCAGCCCCUAUUCCAGUCGAGUCUGCUAUCGGAAAGGCGGAACCAGAGAUACCAGAAAAGGUCGUACCUAGCGGAAAUGUUCCCAAGUUUACAGUGGUCAAGGGCAUUGCGGCACCAUUGCACAUCGCCAAUGUCGAUACCGACAUGAUCAUUCCAAAGCAGUUUUUGAAGACACUCAAGCGAACUGGACUCGGCAAUGCACUCUUCUACACCCUGCGAAAAGACCCGCAUACGGGCGCCGACACAGACUUUGUGCUCAACCGAAAACCAUACGACAAGGCAUCGAUUCUCGUCUGCGAUGGACCAAACUUUGGAUGCGGAAGCAGCCGAGAACACGCGCCAUGGAGCUUGAACGACUUUGGUAUCCGCUGUGUGAUCGCACCGAGCUUUGCCGAAAUCUUCAAGACCAACUCGAUGCAAAAUGGAAUGCUACCUGUUGUUCUCCCAGCCGAGCAAUGCGAAGAGCUCGCGCGCGACGCAGAAGAGGGCCUCGAACUCGAGGUUGACCUAGAGAAGCUUGAGGUCCGAAGACCGAAUGGUCGUGGCACCUUUACAUUUGAAGUCGAACCGUUUAAGCGGCACUGCUUGUUGAACGGUUUAGACGACAUUGGGCUCACGUUGCAAAAGGCGGACAAAAUUGACGCCUUUGAGACGAGAAGAUCCGACCUGUGGCCCUGGUUGGAUGGAUUUGGCUAUGUCAAGGGUGGAGGAAAGAUUGACGCCAAACCGGUGAGGCAAAAGAAGGGCAUCGACUGGUAG